GGUUGAAUGCAACUCCCAUACCAAAAACAUGUAAGAAAGUACAGUGGAAUCCAUCCAAGAAGAAAUAAAAAUAAGUCCUAAAUCCAAAGGUGGAAUGUGUUUAGAUUUUUUACAUUUCAUCAUGUGGUUGAACUGCGGAAUCCUACAUGAAGCUGAGAUGACUAGAGGUCUCUGGUGCCCAGCCUGUUCAGGGCGACGGCCAGUGGCCUGAGCCUGGCAUGGCCUCUCUGGACCUGCCGUAUCGCUGCCCUCGCUGUGGGGAGCACAAACGCUUCCGGAGCCUGUCAUCACUGCGCGCCCACCUGGAAUACAACCACACCUACGAGACACUGUACGUGCUCUCCAAGUCCAACAGUGUGUGUGACGCUGCUGCUCUGCUGCCCCUUGUGGCCGACAGCGCCCUGGCUGCCGAAUCUCGAUUCCCCUGCUCGGGCGACGAGCUCGGGCUUGCCACGACCUCGUCCGCCGGCGCCCGCUACCUUCCCAAUGUGGAGUUCCCACUGGGCGAGAUCCUGGUGAAGAAAGCCAUGAGUUCAAUGGACCCCAGUGCCAUGGAAGCUGCUUACGAAGAGGGCCUGGCACGCCUCAGGGCUAGGGCCUUUGAAAGGCUCGAGCUUGACGAGAGGUUGGAGAAGCUGUCUGAAGAAGUGGAGCAAAAGAUCGCAGCACGUGUCGGGCGCCUGCAGGCCGAGCUGGAAAGGAAGAGCACGGAAUUGGAGAAGGCCAAGCUGGAAAGUGAAAGGCUCAGCCAGGAGAAGCAGGAACUGGAGGACAAGGCGUCAGAGCUGUCACGCCAGGUGGACGUGUCGGUCGAGAUGCUGGCCAGCCUAAAGCAAGACCUGGUCAAUAAGGAGCAGGAGCUCACGCACAAACAGCAAGAGGUGGCCCAGAUCGAUCAGUUCCUGCAGGAGACGGCGGCGCGUGAAGCCAGCGCUAAAGUACGUCUGCAGCAGUUCAUCGAGGAGCUGCUGGAGCGAGCAGACCGAGCGGAGAAACAGCUCCAGAUCAUCAGCAGCUGUGGGACCACGCCGAACGGGAGCCUGGGCCACUGCAGCCUGCAGGGCUCCAAAUCCAACGGCCGACAGAGGAACUUGAGUAUCUCUGGCUCGAGGGGUGUGUACCAGGUCUCUGAUCGACGCUCGUCUCCCAGCACUGGGGCGUCCGGUCGGUCCAAGUCGGUGUCCCAGGCCUCUGUUGCGGGUUACGACAGUGACAGCGUGGAGCUGCAGGGGGCGCUGGAGGGCAGUCUGGAGGCUCAGUACUACCACGGUCAGUGCCGUCCCGGAGAACCCUCACCUUACGAGCGCCGAAACUGGGGCCUGCGCAAGCAAGCCAUUCAGAACUGGCAGCGGCGGCCGUACCGCAACAGCACGGAGGGCGAGGAAGGCGACGUCUCCGACGUGGCCUCACGCACCACGGAGUCCGAAGCGGAAAUGUGGGAGCAGGAAAGGAGGACGGAUUGUCAGCAGCACUGCCCUCACCGUAGCAGCUACCGGCUAGGUACAGGACGUUCUGACGGUUGCUACAAACCCUGCCGUCACGAGAAGAGCCCAUCCAAGACCAGCGAGGUGAUCAGCCCCGAGGUGCUGAAAAUGCGGGCGGCGCUUUUCUGCAUCUUCACAUACCUGGACACCAAAACCCUGCUGAGGAUGGCUGAGGUGUGUCGUGACUGGAGGUUUGUAGCACGUCACCCCGCCGUCUGGACGAGAGUGCUGCUGGAGAACGCUCGCAUCUCCUCCAAGUUCUUGUGCACGCUGUCUCAGUGGUGUACGCAGACCCACUCUCUGAUCCUGCAGAACCUUAAACCAAGGCAGAGAGGAAAGAAGGAGACCAAGGAGGAAUAUCUGAAGAGCACACGUGGAUGUCUAGAGGAAGGUCUGGAGGCCUUGCUGAAAGCGACAGGAGGAAACCUGCUUAUACUGAAGGUGUCGCAUUGUCCCAACCUGCUGACCGAUCGCUCUCUGUGGCUGGCCAGCUGCUACUGCCGGGCUCUACAGGCUGUAACGUACCGGAGUGCUACAGACCCAGUGGGUCAGGAAGUCAUCUGGGCUUUGGGAGCAGGAUGCAGGGACAUCAUCUCCCUACAGGUGGCACCAUUACAUCCCUGUCAACAACCAGCCCGCUUCAGUAACCGCUGCUUACAGACGAUUGGCCGGUGCUGGCCACACCUACGAGCUUUGGGAGUGGGCGGAGCUGGAUGUGGUAUACAGGGAUUAGCGUCGUUAGCGAGGAACUGUAUGAGGUUGCAAGUACUGGAGCUGGAUCACGUCAGUGAGAUUAAUCAGGAAGUGGCUGCGGAAGUGUGUCGUGAAGGUCUGAAGGGGUUGGAGAUGUUGGUCCUCACCUCCACUCCGGUCACGCCCAAAGCUCUGCUUCAUUUCAACAGCGUGUGCCGUAACCUGAAGUCCAUUGUUGUACAGAUCGGCAUUGAAGAUUACUUUGAAGACCCAAACAGCCCCGAGGCCAGAAAGCUUUUUGAUGAGAUGGUGAACAAACUCCAGGCUUUAAAGAAGAGGCCGGGUUUCUCCAAAAUCCUCCAUGUAAAGGCCGAUGGUCUGUGCUAACGCACUCUACGGUGACAGGCGAACUGUGUAACAUCACCAACUUCUCCUUUAUGGAAAAAAAAAACGCUGGAUCUCUAACUUCAGUUUCAGCUCUCAAGACCACGACAAAAACAGGAAACUUCGCACUACAGUAUUACACCCCAAGAUACAUUUUAUUCGCCUGUAGAUAAUCGGCUUCCGGGAGAGUCCUGUCGAGCUACACGAUUCACGCUCUACAACUUCGGAUCACAGUGACGAGAUAAAAUUCAUAGCACAGAGCUGCAAUGUUCAGUCACAGGAAAAAAAAAAGGAAAAACGUGUCCUAUAGAGAAAAUGCAGAGAUGUGGAACAACACACAUACAAAACGCACGGCUCUUGGAGGAAACAGGCUCGGAGUUAAGAGUAUGGUGAGAUGCAUGGUAUUAAAAAAGGAAGUAAUUUUAAAUGAGUGUGUUGCUAAAGACACUCCAGCACAAUAAGAGUACCAGCUUAGAAAUUCCAAGUCAAAUCCAAGCAAGCAGGACGUGAUGCCAGUGGACAUGAAAAAGAAAAGGUUUUUGUGCAAUAUCAUUCUCCUAGCACUCCACCAAGGUACCGAGUUUUUUUUGGGGGACUUCCGA